AAAAAAUUUUGAAAAUUUCCAAAAAUUAUUUAAAGUUGGGAAAGUUGUUGUAUUACUUCUGAUAUUUAAUGAUUUUUUGGAUAUUUAAGACCAUUCUGAAAAUCUGUAUCAAAAUCCGAAUGCAUUCGUAGAGUUGUCUACUUUGUAUUUUUUGCCAUUUUUAAAGCUGGAAGAAAAUGAUGGAACCUGAGAAUUGGCGGGAAUAAAGUUCAUCUGCCUCCACGGUGUAAAACUAACAUUUUUGGUAUUUUAUUUAAUUUUCUACUAUUUAGUCUGCGAUAUGCCGAACAACAACAAACCGUAUCCCUUCAAGAAAAAUUUCUGGCGGGGUCAAUACAAAGCCAGAAACAACUAUCGAGGAAGAGGUUCCACUUCUAAACGAGGUCGAGUCAAUCCGGCAAACAAUAAUGAUUCGUCAUUGAACAAUUCUGCCAAUGUUAAUUCUAGUAAUCCUAGUGAUACAUUCACUUUUACUUCCGAUGAUUCUUUUUCACCUCAGACCGCAAACACACCUUCAGCAGUUCCUCAUAAUCAUGCCAAAAUAAGAUGCUCGCCGUACGCUGGAUGGAAACUGUACUUUCCUGACGAUGAUUACAGAACAAGUGUUGAAAUCGUCCGCAAAGUUGAAGCAGCCGAAGAAUUCGUUCUGAAUCUUAAAGAGUUAUUCAACGAAGAAGAAGUAGAAGAGAAUAGAUUUUAUAUUUUCGAUUUGAAAACGUGCUAUGCCAGUAACGAAUUAUCUGAUAAAUGGCCUUCAUUCAAAGAAGAUUUGUCUGAUAAUCCAUCCAAUACAUUGGAUUGCUUAGGACUCGCUGUCCAUCAGGUGGUGUGGAAAUCCAUGAAAGAACAAUCGAUGUCUUUGCAAGAUGUGAAUGAAGAUUCGACCUCCAUAGAUAUCCCUCUGAUCAAAGCUCGAAUCAGUAAUCACGAUACGAUUACUCCGUUGAAAAAUUUAAAAACGAAUUUCUACGGAAAACUGGUGUCGAUCAAUGGCACUAUAAUUCGCGUUAGUAAUGCGAAGUUGCAAUGUUCUUGGAUGGCAUUUAAAUGCUGCGGAUGUUCCACUAUUCAGUGUGUCAAGCAACCUGAUGGAGCCUUUACGCAGCCGACCAAGUGUUUGAAUAAAGACUGUCACUUUAAAACCUUUUCUGCUUUACGUUCGUCACCUUACACUCAGACUUUCGAUUGGCAAUGUAUAAAAGUGCAAGAAAUAGUGCCCGAUGAUCAAAGAGAAGGGGGUCGAGUUCCACGUACCGUAGAGUGUGAAUUGAGCGACGAUCUGGUGGGUACUUGUGCGCCAGGAGACAUUGUGAAGAUUACCGGAAUAGUCAAAGUUCGUAGUGCGGACGAAAAUUUCAAAAAAACAAAAGGACCUAGUGUAUUUACUCUAUACAUCGAGGUAAUCAGUAUCACGAAUAAUAAAAACACCGACUCUGCCGGUAAUCCGAAUAAAGAAUCAGGCGUAUCUGUCCAGUUUACUCAACGAGAUUAUGACGCCAUUCAAGAAAUACAUUCCGAACCUCAUCUUUUCAAACUGCUCGUCAAUUCUGUAUGUCCUACAAUCUAUGGUCACGAAAUGGUCAAAGCAGGUCUACUGUUAGCACUUUUCGGUGGCGCCGAUACUGAUUCUAUGGAAUCUAGAGGACAAAUACAUGUUCUUGUAGUAGGUGAUCCGGGAUUAGGAAAAUCUCAAAUGUUACAAGCGUGUAGUUUCGUUGCUCCUCGAGGUGUAUUCGUUUGUGGAAACACCACGACAUCGUCUGGAUUAACUGUUACAUUGGUUCGCGAAGGAGGCGGUGAUUUCUCUUUAGAAGCUGGAGCUUUGGUUUUAGCUGAUCAAGGAUGUUGCUGCAUCGACGAAUUUGAUAAAAUGUCUUCGCAGCAUCAAGCACUUUUGGAAGUGAUGGAACAACAAACCGUCAGCAUAGCCAAAGCAGGAGUAAUUUGUAUGCUACCUGCUCGAACUACAGUUUUGGCUGCCGCAAAUCCAGCCGGAGGUCAUUAUAAUAAAGGUAAAACCGUAUCUGAAAAUUUAAGAUUGGGCCAAGCUCUGCUGUCGAGAUUCGAUUUAGUAUUUAUUUUACUCGAUAAACCGAACGAGCACUUAGAUUCGUUAUUAUCUGAGCACGUGAUGAAAAUCCAUUCGGGGGCCAAGAUCGAUUUAAACGAUACAUUCACAGAAGCUAGAUCUCAGAAUAGCGAAGCUGGUGGGAAUAUUCCCCUCUGUGAACGAUUAAAAAUGACUCAAAAUGAUAAAUUAGACCUACUCCCUCCACAAUUAUUACGAAAAUAUAUAGCUUAUGCGAGAAAAUACGUCCAAACGCCUACUUUAUCCCAAGAUGCCAAAGAAACUCUUCAAAGUUUCUAUCUGAAAAUGAGAGAAAACCAUCACACCAGCGACUCGACUCCAGUCACAACUCGUCAAUUACUUUCACUCGUCAGAUUAACUCAAGCCAGAGCCAAAUUAGAGCUUAGAGAAGAAGCAACUCUUUCAGAUGCUCAAGAAGUCAUCGAGUUGAUAAAUUGGAGUCUGAUGGAUACAUAUUCCGACGAAUACGGUACAUUGGAUUUCCAACGUUCCCAAAACGGAUCUGGAAUCAGUUCUAGGAAUCAAGCCAAACGCUUCUUGACCAUGAUACACCGUAAAGCGAAAUCAUUAUCGCGUUCUACGUUCUCAGUUGCUGAAAUGAAAGAUAUUGCAGCUUUGGCAAAUGUCAAUGUGGAUAAUUUUUCCACCUUUCUUUCCACAUUGAACACUCAAGGAUUUAUUUUACAGAAGGGAAAGCAGAUGUAUCAAAUUCUUUCCGCCGAUUAGUCACCAACACUUAUUGGUUAAAUAACGGUUGCUAUAGUAAUGGCUGUGUUUUUUUUAAUAAUUAUGUUGAUUACUUUAAAUAAAAAAUGAUAAUUUUUAAAAUUUAA